ACUCCUUAUCCAGAUUUCCUUUUUCGGCUCUGUUUUUCGCUGGAGAAAAUCAGCAAUCAUGGCCUCUCUUUCGUUGGCUUCAACCCUCACUUCUUCCUUCUGUCCCAAACUCCUCAACAAUCUCAACUCUUCCUCGUCGUUAGUUCCAUCUUUCCUUUUUUCCAGUGUCAGUUCAAGAGCUUUCCUUCGAAAAAUCGAGCACCUGCAACAGCAGAGGAGAUGCCUCCGUGGUCUUUCUGUCAAAGCCCUAACUCUUGACUUCUCUGGCUCAUUCUUUGAAUCAGGAGUCGGAGAAGAUGAUCCACCAACCCCACCUGGUUCUUCGAUUUCGGUGGUGGAGGGCAAAGAGGAGCCUCAGUGCCCACCUGGCCUCCGCCAGUACGAGACCAUGGCCGUUUUGAGGCCCGACAUGUCCGAGGACGAACGUCUCGCUCUCACACAAAAGUAUGAAGAGUUGCUCGUUGCUGGAGGUGGGAUGUAUGUUGAGGUAUUCAACAGAGGAGUCAUUCCGCUUGCAUACAGCAUCAAGAAGAAAAAUACGGCUGGAGAGAGCAACACAUACUUGGAUGGAAUCUACCUUCUUUUCACCUAUUUCACCAAACCAGAGUCCAUAGAAGCACUUGAGGAAAGACUGAAGACGGAUGAUGAUGUUAUCCGAUCCUGUACCUUCAAGAUAAGGAAGAGGAAAUACUAGAAGUCUGGUUAGAGCAUCCUCCUCCAAAAGAAAAGCAUGAAAGAAAAAUUAGUAAAUGUCAUCAUUUUCUUCUGCUUUUCUUGAAUUGCGAGCUAUAUUUCUGAAGCUAAUAGCAAGGAUUUUCUUUUGGAAACAAUUGGGCCAAUAGAUGCUACUUGUGGAUGUUGAAAUUAUCCAGAUUGAUAGUGAGGAAGCCAUGAUCAAAGAAUUAAUUUGCAUUGAUUGGACAUCGGAGGAGUCAACGGAAUGGUUUUCAGAUGGUGAUGGUUGCUACCAUCCAUAAUUCUCAUGGCGGGACCAUUGAUUGGUGUGUCCAUCUGUGGCUAUCAGAAAAAAAAAAAUGUAUUAUUUUUGUUGGCAGCACAGUUGUUUUUGUUUUAGAAAACAAAACCAUUCAUAAAUUAGAUCCCCUGCAAAGUUAGACUGAAAAAUGUGGUGCUAUCAUUAUGGCAGCCGAUGUGAACUUCCCAUUGUAUGUCCUUUGUAUUUCUGACCUGAUCAAGUGACAAAAAAUAUUCAGUGUUCAAAGAA